AUUUUACAACUGAACUCCAAAAAAAUAGCAACGAAAUUUUAUCUCGAGAAUUACUUUUAAAAUAUGGAUGAAAGCUCUGGUCCCCCUGGCGAUUUUGCUCAGCGAUAUUUGACAAGACAAUCUUUUUCACCUGGACAAGGGAUUUAUAUGUCUCAUAGAUCUUCAUCAGACCAAAAUUCACAUUUUAGGAAUUCUAUGCCAGGAAGCUGCAAUGAGUUUUCACCUUUUAAACCUUCAAAUAUCAGAUCACCAGAAUGCCGAAAAAUAAUGGAUAGAAUUUCAACCUUUUGUGGGAAAGAAAAUUUAGUUCAAAGAGUUGCUUUUCUUGAUCAGGAACUGUCAGUAUUCGGCUAUCCGUCCAUCGUCAGCGAUUUUGAAGAUGACUUGGAAUUGUCGCCAGAUCAACAACAAAGUGGCGCUAUAGAUCUUGUGACUCUUGUAAACAUCUCGUACGAUCUACUGAGAUCUUGGCGUCAAUCAUUUGAAAUACAAAGUGAAUCGAAUGAUGUACAGCGAUCUUCUGAAGCCGAAAUUGUCAGAUUGAGACAUCUGGCCUCAAGAUUGAAGGAAGAUAUUGCGAAUAAGGAUCGAGAUUUAAAAUCAAAAGAAUUGAUGCAGCUACAGCUGUCACAAAGAAUGGAGAGUCUCAAGAAGAAGUUUAAACUCGAGCAGGACAAGUCGAAAAAACUUUCUGCUGAAAUGACGGCGAGAGAUUCACAAUUUCGUCACGAAAAGAAAAAAAAGGUCCAAGAGAUAGAGAAAUUGCAAUCUCGUUUGCAACAGUUAUUACAGGACAAACGCCAUGAACGAAUGCUUGGAAUAGAAAUUCUUAAUUCUCUGCAAAGAUCAGACGGGAAGCGUGGAAAAUGGAGCACAGAUAAAACUAAGAAAAGCAAUGAGCAAGACAUGUAUCGUUUAAUCAUCACAAAUUACGAAGACUCUCAAAAACAAUUGUUGAAAGAAAAUGACGGAAUGAGAAAAUAUUUAAAAGAAAUGCAGAACGAACUAAUAUCAGCUCUGAAUGAGAGAACUAACAAUGUACAUGACCAAAGCCAAUCAUCCAACCAUGGAGGUGUCAAAGGUCAAACUGAAGGUGACAGACCAGAUAGUUCAAGGUCAAGCAGUGCUGCUUCUAAUAUGUCUGAAACUUCUGAUGUGUCGGAGCCGAUGUCGGAUGGAAUGUUCGAGAUGCCGUAUGAUCUUGUCAAAGAAGACAUUGAGAAGAGCAUCAGGAAUAAAUGGAGAGCGCUGAAAAAGGAAAUUAGGAAAACUAGGAAUGCUGAUAAAGCUCCACAGUCUAAUAAAGAAAACUACACAGAAAAUGAAUAUGAUGAUUUGGUUCAACAACAACAAGAACUCAUUGAUUAUCUGACAACAGGGGAAGGUGAAAGUUCAGAUCGUCCUAUUCCUGAAGAUUGUUAUUUUCUUGAAGAAAAAGCUGAUUUUGAGAAAGAAAAGAAUGUAUUUAACCAACAGAAACAAGCAUUUGAUAAGGAGAGACAACUUUAUGCAGAAGCAUUACUUCAGUUGGAUGAGCAAAGACAAUCAUUUGAAAUUGAGAAAAACAAAUGGCUCCAACAAAAUUUCCUGCAACUGACACCUUUCAGAGACAAUCGUCCUUCUACUGCUCCACAUCCAAAUCUCAGAGGCAAAGAGACGUCUUCUCACUAUAUCAAGUCAACAAGGCAACAGCCGUAUCAAGCAAGGCCAUCUAUAAGCCCAGAUAGAUCUUUAAAGGGAAAUGACCAACAACAAUCCAAGAGUUACCAAAGUCAACAACUUAUGCAAAACUCUCCAAAUAACAUCACUCAGACAUUAAGCAGAUUGCAUUCAUCAAGUCAUCAUAACUCAUUCUCACCUGAUAAUAUGCAACAUAGAUCUCCUGAUCCGUCAUGGCCAACCCGCACUCCAGAGAACAAUCAAAAAACUGCUACAACCAACCCCCACAGAACAAAAAGUACCCCCAACACAACAAACUCUAUACCUCCACCUAGUACUGCGGAAUUAUAUCGAAGCUUGGGAUUGGUUUAUUAUGGUAGUGAUAAGGAAAAUGAAGAGACAGGAAACACUGGAAACAUGGAUUCAAAUAUUUGUCCUCGCUCUAGCGGAGCUAUGGAAUUUCACCACUCGAUGUCUCGAGGUGCAAACCAACAACGAAAUAUUUCUUCAAGGUCAAACCCAGGAUCGUUUAAGGUCAAAAUACAAUCUAAAGUGAAACCGGUGGCACAGAACGAAAUUCCGCCAAGCCCAGAAUAUGUGAGCGCAGAGGGAAGUUUUGAUAGUCAAUCUAACGAUCAGAAAUCGACGGAAUCGGAUUACUUUGAUGCAGAACGAAGUUUAAGGAACGGAUCUCCACGUAGAAGCCAGAGAAACGCUCCUAAAGAACGCAGUAAUCACUCAGUAUCGAAAAAGGGAAUAGAAAACGUGCCAUUCUUCACAAAUGAGUUUCAAAUCAGUCAGAAAUUACCGGAACCUGGCAGCCAUUUUAUUUAUUCCUCUCCACAGAAGCGUCGUUUAUACUCGAGUAAAUCCAUGGAUGAAAAAACUUUUCGUUACGAUUUGGAGAAUGAUAAAUACGAGGCGGAAACCGCGAAACAGAAAAAAUUUGGAUUUCGUAGUUUCGUAAGAAAUAUAAUUUCUGGAUCGCCGAAGCGUAAAGACCGUGACGCAAACAACAAUGACAAAGCAAAUCCACAGUUGCUUUCAAACAGUGAUUCAGCUUUAAGUCUUCGAUACUAUUUGGACCAUGACGUUGAAAGCGGGGGUCAGAGUUCGAUAUUUCCAUCAGCACGGGUGACUUCAAACACUGAAUGUCGACCAAAAAUUGAUUCCGCUUCGAGCCCUGCUCUUUCGAAUGACGUCACACAUCAACGAACAAGAUCUUUUCCAGGGAAUGAAAUCUUAAAUACGGAUUAUAUCAAGCCAAGAUCCUCUUCUUACGACUCUCCAGUUUUGACUCGAGCCGCAGAAAGACAUAAGUCUGCUCUAUUAUCUUUGUCAGCCAAUUGCAAUCCAACUGGUCCAACUUCAAGCCAAAAGGAGCCAACCCCAAGCCAUUUGAAGCCAAAACCAAGCCGUUAUGAUUUGAAAAGAAGCUUUGAGGGAUUGACCAUAACGAACACUGCCAAAGAGAAUACAAGUUCAGCCACCACAAAGGGGAGUUUAAAUCAAUACCAAGGGUAUAAUUUUGAUGGCAAGCAAUACCAGCCAGAAAUGUAUGAUAGUUGGUCAAAUUCCAGACAAGGAAUCUUCAAACCAACGGUGAAAGUCACAAGCCAGCCAUUAAUUCAGGCUGAAGGCAACCAGAGACCAAAGUCAAGCCAACCAAUCCAAAACCAGCCUCAAGGCGAUUUGGGUAUGCAAAGGCCAGUUUCAGCCAGUUGGAACCAGUCUCAACGGCUUCAUGCUGACACCAACAAGUCGAAACCUGUUUCAGCAAGACAGAAGUACUCAGAACUGGCUCAAACCAGUUCCAGCAAGUUUCAAGCGAAUCCAUUCAAUCAGGCCGGGUCCAGCCAACCACAAACUGGAGCAAACAGGCCAGAACUGGUUUCUACCAACCAGUUUCAAAUGGAUCCAUCCAAUCAGAUCUGGUCAAACCCGACACAAUUUGGAUCAAGCAGGCCAGAACCAGUUUCAACCGCCCAUUGCAGUCCUUCUUUGCUGGAGAAAUUAACAAUGGCAGAUCAAAGCUAUGGAUCUAUCGCUGAAGAUGACUCAAGUGCUAGCGAAACAUGCUGAAUCUUUUCCACUAACUUUGGUUUUGAAGGCAUAAACUUUUUUGAUCUAUCAAAGGCUUUUCUGAUGGCGGAACUUGGAAAAAUCUGCUUUGAGAAAAUGAGAAAAACAUAUUUUUCACUUUGAAAUACUUUGGGGGAAUAUUGUUACAAACCAUGUAGCACCUAUUUUUUGUAAUAUUUUUGAAUGAAAACUUAUUUAAAAUUCCAACUUUCACCCUUUUUCUUGAAACUCUCAAUAUUCUUCUAUUAGUGUUCAUUUUCAACCAAACUUACAAUCAUCCAGUAAUAGUUUUUUUGGCAGAAUUGACCCAACUUUGGGAAAAAACUUGAAUUACUUCGUUGAAUUGGAGUAAACCAAUCAUCCUUAUGACAAUAAACCUGUAUGAAUUUUGUAUUAAACUAUUUUUAUUGAACUCUGUAUGAAUGUUGAACAUAAACCUAUUUAGCAUAUAUUUCAUAUUCAAAUUUUGGUGCUUCUGAAAUAUGUGCACCAAGAUGUCGCACAACCUGAACCCUAACAUAGUAUACAACCUGAGUUCAGGUUGUGCGCCAUCUUGGUGCGCAUACUUCAAGAGGUCCCAAAUUUUUUUUUCAAUGUAUUCAUAACAGUAGUCAGUUAUUCAAGACUCUCCUUAGACUUGAAAUUUGGUUUCACAUUGGAUUUGAACAUGACUAUAGGCUAGAAGCACCCGGUAUUAGAAUCUGUGGGUCAUGAUUUUAUUUACAAACUGGAUCAAACAGGCUAGAACUGGUUUCAGCUGACAAGUUUCAAAUGGAUCCAUCCAAUCAGAUCUGGUCAAAACCAUCACAAUCUGGAUUACAAUCUGAAACAUUUCACGCUAUUACUUACCCAUCUUAGUAUUCCUUUUGAAUAUCUUCACAAUCAUAAUCCACUCAUGUACGGCAGUGGUCGCAACCUCAAACUGGGUCGC